CCUUAAAUAAACUGGACAGAAAUACAAGUAUUUCGAUGACAUGAAAUGAACACUGCAGCUUACCUACAUACAGGACACUUGAACUUUAACAUUGUAUUAUUCAAAGUAACCUUUGGCCCCCUGUCAACGUGAAUCAGUAUUUCCAGUCGUCGAACGCUAAAUGGAACCAACCAAACGCGCCAUGCUCAUUCAAUUUCAUCUGAUUUGAGAUGAUUAUGGCGAUGUUAAAUAUGCUGAGUAAUGAGUAAGAUGCUGAACAUAAUGUAGGAGUGAAGAUACAGAUAACACGACAUAAUGGGGAAACUAAGGCAGCUUCAGAUCAACUUGGACGGGAAUGUAGAUGCGUUUUACCCAGGCACUGAAAUACGAGGAGCUGUAAUUGUACACGUUGACGCUGACAAUGAAGGAGGAUUGAACCACGUCAAAGGUUUGGAAUUGCUGUUUCAUGGCGAAGCAGUCACCAGAAUACCAAACAUGCAACAGCAGCCGAAUCUACAAGAAUGUUACCUCAACUCAAGAGUUACGUUAUGUGGAACAGGCGCUGGCCAAAGCGAAAGACACAAUUUUAACAUCCAACCAGGCGCUACUAGUUACCCUUUUACAUUGGCCCUGAUGCCUGAAGCACCUCUGCCUCCAUCAUUUGAGGGAGAAUUCGGAUACAUCCGCUACAAGAUGAGAGCUACACUGAUCAUGUCAGGAAUGAUUCUCAGUCAAGACCACAGCGUGGAGAGAGUGUUUCAUGUGAUCCACUCACCGGUAGAUUUGAACACAAUCAGCGGUCUCCAGAAUCCUCUGCAUGCAUCCAGUGAAUGCGUACACAGAGGUUGUUGUGAAUGUAAUUCGAUAGUCAUAUCAAAUCUUUUCGUUACUCUUCAAAAACAAGGAUAUGUUCCAGGAGAAAACAUUUACGUCACAGGUCACGUGGACAAUCGCACAGGUACGGCGCAGAGAAUCGUUUGUGGAACGCUACUCCAGCAAUCAGGAUUCCAUCAUAGACAAGGAGUCAGGGAAACUCAGAACCUGUUGUGCAGUGCAUCUGCGGUGGUCACGUGUCCAAUUAGACGGAUGAAAACCUUCACUGUGGGGCCAUUACAGGUUCCGUUAGUGCCUCCAUCAGGCCUACCCGGAUGUAACAUCAUCUCGAAUUGCUACUACCUAAUGGUCAGUGACGGUUCUAGUGCAACCAGACUGCCGGUAACUAUUGGAACAGUGCCUAUUCGUAACUACGUGCCCGUGGUAUCGUCUAUCCAGCCGAUAUCUUCUGCGCUAUCGCCAAUACAGAAUACAUCACUUAUCGUUCCUCCUAUCACCCGACAACCAGCUUCCUGUGUCACAGCAGAGUUUGAUUCACCGCCUCCAAGUUACCAAGAAGCAAUCGGAUCCCGCCCCUUUACAGUUGACACGCCCACCGCAACUACAACACUGAGUACAAGACAUGAAGGAACCACUGAUACCCAUGAUCAAAGCAACCCAUCGAUAGAAGAUGACCCAGCAAGACAGGUGGACGACAGUGUUGACAACAGCAGAGUCCAGGGUGAUCCACCUCCCCAAAUUUACCGUGAAGUUGUCACAUUAACACAACCCGUCGCAACAACAGAGUGUGCAAGAGUUGCACCGACAACCGAUCCAGAUUGGCAGGAGUUUUAUGGUGACGGGCGGUACUCUCGACGUAGCCUUGCGCCCUCUACCAACCUUGACAUGGAUAACAGACAUGAAGAAACUACCGCAACAACUUCGUUGUGAUCAAUCGGUACAACUCCAAAAGUGUGCAUAAUACAAAAGCUUAUCGUACCCAUUGUGUUAUAGGCCUAUGCUGUUAUCCCAUUGUCUGUGUUGCAUUUUGACUCGUGUUAUUGAUGCAUCAUUUUUGUUAUAAAACGAUUCGAACGGUAACAAGUAGCUGCAGAUGAAGGCUUAUUUUUUUUAAAUAGAACUUAUCAAAAUUUCAAGCGUCAUUGUUAUCGAAGCAAAUUACGCUGAAUGUAAAUAAUCAUGCCGAUGUCUUUUCUAUUUUUUUCUAAAUUUCUCAUAAAGCUGUGUUCCUCAAAUGUUAUAGGCCUAGUCUUUUGAAAUUUAAUUUAAAUCUAUGAACAUAAAAAAGUGUAGGACUAUGACAAUUAUGAAAGCAUGCAGGGUGACCCAAAAAAUUGCAACCCUAAAACAUUUAACUUUAAAUAAAAAAGAUCGGUGGAUUUUUAUGUUUAGGGUAUCAGAUUAAAAGCUGAGAGAGUUUUCUUUCAAAUACUGAAACAAUCAUGAAAAUAGCACUUUGGGUUGCUGAGAAAAUGCCAAUUAUGUAAAAGUAGUCAUUUUUCAUCCUGUACACAAGUACUUCAACAGUGAACCAUUGUAAGCCCACUGUGCAAUUAUCCUUUAUUUGUGCAAUUUCUUUAGCAUUUCGGACAUAUUCAUGAUGCAGAAAGGUUUUAAAUAGGACUAAAAGGAUGAGAUACCUGUUCAGGUGAAAAUAAAAGGUAUUUCCA